UCCAAUUCUUCCCCACACAAUUCAAAAAACAAAUUAAGCCACACCAAUUGAAGCUUUUCCCCCAUAAUUCUUCUUAUAUCAAGAACCAAAAUGGCUCUGAAGAAAUCAAGCAAACACUUUACUCAAACUGCAGCCUUCAAACAAAUUAUGAAAAGGUGUUCAAGGUUUGGAAAGAAUGAGAAUGGAUACCCUCAAGAUGUCCCAAAAGGCCAUUUUGUAGUAUAUGUGGGUGAAAAUAGAAGCAGAUAUAUAAUUCCCAUUUCUUGGUUGACACAUCCUGAAUUCCAAAGUUUGCUUCAAAGGGCUGAAGAAGAAUUUGGAUUCAAUCAUGAUAUGGGACUUGCUAUCCCUUGUGAUGAAGACGAUUUUUGCUCCGUAAUUUCAAUGUUCAGAUAAAAAAAUUGAAGGCCCUUGAUCUUUCCUUACUAUAUAUUUUUUUACUUGAAAUUUUUCGGUGGGCCACGACGACUACUAAUUAGAUGAAAAGGAAAACUGCGUACAAUAAACCUAAUGUUGUCCAAUCCUUCUUUGGAGUCUAGAUCACGCGCACAACAGGAGCUUAGUAUAUAUGCCGAGCUUGCCCUUCUCUGGAGUCUGAAUCACGCUUACAAGGACAGGAGCAUAGUGUGCCGACCUGGCCCUUGUCUAGAGUCUGGAUCACGCGCACAAGUACAGAAGCUUAGUACACCGGGCUGGCCUUUAACUAAUCAAACACUACUGAAGAUGAUGAUGAUCAAGCUUGGUUGAGCAACUAAGUUAGGCAAUUAAG